AUGGCAUCACAUCCGAUACUCUACCUCUCAACCUUGGCCAUCCUCAUCAUCCAGUUCCACUCCACCAGCCAACAGCUGAGCUCGUUCCCACCCAUCGAUCAGGUUGGCUACCUUGGCAAGACUCAAUUUGGUGCCCAACCAGAUCUCAUUAACUCUGCCUGCCAGCCGUUACUUGAGAACCAUUUCCCAAUACUCGAGCCUAAUGGGACCGCCACACACCAAUCUCACCCAGAUGACCCCGAUUUCAUCGUCUCUCGUCACUGGGGUAAUCUCUCGCCGAUGUUCUCGCUCCCCCCAAACACAUUUGGCAUUCAAUCUGGCCCUGAGGUUCCGUCCGGUUGUCAGAUCAAUCAAGUACACUUAGUCCAUCGGCACGGCGCCAGGUAUCCUACUUCCGGGACCCUCCUGCCCCAGUUUGGCCAAAUGAUCCAUGCAGCUCAAGACAACGGAACUUUUCAAGCCACAGGUGAUCUGGCUUUCUUGAACAGGUGGAAAUUCAAAUUAGGCAGCGAAGUUCUUACACCUUUCGGACGCUCACAGAUGUUCCAGCUAGGGGUUUCAUAUCGACAAAAGUAUGGAUUCUUACUACCAUUCGAUCCGGACCAACCACACGAUGAACAAAAGCAAGCCUUACCGGUCUUCCGAACCACAUCCCAGCAUCGGAUGUAUCACUCCGCGCUGAACUUCGCCGCUGGAUUCUUCGGCCUACCCCUCGAAGGAAAAUACCACCAAUCGAUCAUCAUCGAGAAUAAAGGCUUCAAUAACUCAUUGGCCCCGUAUCUCAGCUGCCCUAAUUCACAAUUACCUCAACGAGCUGAUGCCGGCCCCCGAGCCUCUCAGAUUUGGAAAGAUGUAUCGUUGAAGGAAGCCCAGAAGCGAUUAAACCAAUUGGUCUCGGGUAUUCAAUUCUCAAUUUCAGAUGUUAACACCAUGCAAGCUCUUUGUGCCUAUGAGUCUGUGGCACUUGGAACCAGUGAAUUCUGUGAUUUGUUCACUCCUGGCGAAUGGAAAGAUUUCACAUAUGCGAAUGAUCUCGAAUUUUGGUACUCCUCCAGUUUUGGCAAUCCCGAUUCGGCUGCACUCGGUGCCGGCUGGGCCGAAGAACUACUGGCUCGCUUGACCCAGAUCUCGCCCACGACGGGUAUGACCUCGAUCAACCUCACCCUCGACGCGAACCCGGUGACCUUUCCUCUGGAUCAGUCUAUCUACGUCGACGCCACUCAUGACACUGUCCUCACUGCGAUCGUCGUCGCGCUCAAUCUGACCAGCCUUGCCCAAUCUGGCCCACUGCCAACCGACAAACGGCUCGAGCCUAGAUCCUUCACUAGUACCCAUAUCUCUCCCUUCGGCGCCCAACUGGCUGCACAAGUUCUGACCUGUCCCACCGCACCGGGCUCAAGCUCGACUAGCAAAUCAAUCAGGUUUAUCCUCAACGAUGCCGUCGUCCCAUUAGAUGGCUUGCAAGGAUGCGAGCCGAACAACAGCACCGGUCUCUGUGACUUGGAUAACUUCAUCACCGGUCUCGAGGAGCGACUGUCGCAGAUCGACUACCAGAAGACCUGCUUCGGUACUUGA